GCGGAAGGGGACGGUGAGUCGCUGGCCCAGGAGCCUGUAGAAGAUGGCCUCCGGUGGCCGGUUUGGGCGGCCUGGGACCGUGGCUGCAGUGUCUCUUUCCCCAGCCAGGCAUGGCAGACUCUGCACAAGCCCAGAAGCUGGUGUACCUGGUCACAGGUGGCUGUGGCUUCCUGGGGGAACAUGUGGUCCGCAUGCUGCUGCAGCAGGAACCCCAGCUCCGUGAGCUGCGCAUCUUUGACCUACACCUGGGUCCCUGGCUGGAGGAGCUGAAGACAGGGCCCGUGCAGGUGACUGCCAUCCAGGGGGACGUGACCCAGGCCCACGAGGUGGCAGCAGCUGUGGCCGGAGCCCACGUGGUCAUCCACACAGCUGGGCUGGUGGACGUGUUUGGGAAAAGCAGUCCUGAGACCAUCCAUGAGGUCAACGUGCAGGGCACGCGGAAUGUGAUUGAGGCUUGUGUGCAGACUGGAACACGCUUCCUGGUCUACACAAGCAGCAUGGAAGUUGUGGGUCCCAACAUCAAAGGCCAGCCCUUUUACAGGGGCAAUGAGAAUACCCCAUACGAAGCGGUACACAGACACCCCUAUCCUUGCAGCAAGGCCCUGGCUGAGCAGCUCGUCCUGGAAGCCAAUGGGAGGAAGGUCCUCGGGGGGUUGCCCCUCGUGACAUGUGCCCUGCGUCCCACCGGUAUCUACGGCGAAGGCCACCAGAUCAUGAGGGACUUCUACCACCAGGGCCUGCGCCUGGGGGGUCGGCUCUUCCGGGCCAUUCCAGCCUCUGUGGAGCAUGGCCGGGUCUAUGUGGGUAACGUGGCCUGGAUGCACGUGCUGGUGGCCCGGGAGCUAGAGCACCGAGCUGCACUCAUGGGUGGCCAGGUGUACUUCUGCUAUGACAACUCACCUUACAAGAGCUAUGAGGACUUCAACAUGGAGUUCCUGGGCCCCUGUGGACUCCGGCUGGUGGGUACCCGCCCACUGUUGCCCUACUGGCUGCUGGUGUUUCUGGCUGCCCUUAACAUCCUGCUGCAGUGGCUGCUGCGGCCGCUGCUGCUCUAUGCGCCCCUGCUCAACCCCUACACGCUGGCUAUGGCCAACACCACCUUCACCGUCAGCACCGACAAGGCUCGGCGCCAUUUUGGCUAUGAGCCCCUGUUCUCCUGGGAGGAGAGCCGGACCCGCACCAUCCGCUGGGUGCAGGCCGUGGAGGGCUCAGCCCAGUGACGGUGGAGCUGGGCCUGGAGGCCAGCCUGGCACAGCCAUCCAGGUCCAGAGCCCUCAGACCCUGGUGGGGAGGGAAGGCUGCAUUCUAGAGCCGGAGGAGGGGUCUGGUGCCUGCCAGACUGGCUGUCCUAGAGUUCUCCACAUUGUAAUUCAUGAGCCUUGAGCUUGUGUCCUAAUACCCCUCCGUUCUAGGGCAGGGUUUUGGAGCAAGUGUGUCUUCACUCUCAACCCAGGCCUGACGGCUGUUUGGCGAGGCUCUGAUUCCCCUGACGUUCUCAACGGUCCCAUCCCAUUUCUGGCUUUUCAAGCAGGAAGUGGGUAGAAGUUCCACAGGGCCUCAUGCUGGACCUCAGAUAUCCAGGUUUGAUCCUCAGACCUGGAUUCAGAGUGAAGAUGCUUUCUGGCUCCCCCCACCACCUUUGUUCCUCCUUGGGGGUCAUAGCCCCAUUAUUUUAAAACAUUUAUUACCCUUGGACAUUUAUCUUUUAAUUCUCUUCAACGAAGGCUGAGGAAAUCU